AUGGCGAAUGUAGAUGAUGAUCUCAGAAGAUCAGGGACUUAUGAUGAUCAAUUGUACACGGAGCUAUGGAAAGCUUGUGCAGGUCCACUUGUGGAAGUUCCUCGUUUUGGUGAAAGAGUUUUCUACUUUCCUCAAGGUCACAUGGAACAAUUGGUAGCUUCGACUAAUCAAGGAAUCGUUGAUCAAGAGAUGCCAGUUUUUAAUCUACCAACAAAGAUACUUUGUCGAGUUCUUAGUGUCAUGUUAAAAGCAGAGCAUGAGACUGACGAAGUUUACGCUCAGAUCACAUUACAACCAGAAGAAGAUCAAAGUGAGCCCACAAGCCUUGAUCCACCUCUAGUGGAACCUGCUAAACAAACGGUUGAUUCGUUUGUUAAGAUUCUAACAGCUUCUGAUACAAGCACUCAUGGUGGAUUCUCUGUUCUUCGUAAACACGCCACUGAAUGCUUGCCUCCACUUGAUAUGACACAACCUACACCGACUCAAGAACUUGUAGCUAGAGAUCUUCACGGCUACGAAUGGAGGUUUAAGCACAUAUUCAGAGGUCAACCGAGGAGGCAUUUGCUUACAACCGGUUGGAGCACAUUCGUAACCUCGAAAAGACUUGUAGCUGGAGAUGGGUUCGUGUUCUUGAGGGGCGAGACCGGAGAUUUACGAGUUGGGGUGAGACGUCUAGCUAAACAGCAGAGCACAAUGCCUGCUUCGGUUAUCUCGAGCCAGAGUAUGCAUUUAGGAGUUCUUGCUACAGCUUCUCACGCUGUUAACACCAAAACUCUGUUUGUUGUCUUCUAUAAGCCUAGGGUAAGCCAAUUUAUAAUCAGCGUGAACAAGUAUAUGGCGUCAAUGAAGAAUGCAUGUUCUCUUGGUAUGCGGUUUAGGAUGAGAUUCGAAGGAGAAGAGUCUCCUGAGAGAAUAUUUACGGGUACGAUUGUUGGUACUGGAGAUCUAUCUUCUCAAUGGCCAGAUUCUCAAUGGAGGUCGCUCAAGAUCCAAUGGGACGAGUCAUCUUUGGUUCAGAGACCAAACAAAGUCUCACCGUGGGAGAUUGAGCCUUUUUCAACCUCCGCGCUAACCGCAACGCCUGCUCAACCACAAUCAAAGUCCAAACGGUCCAGACCCAUUGGUUCUUCAGUUUCAGGGAGUCCUGUCGCUUCUAAUCUCUUGAGCCACGAGUCGAAUCCAUCACUCAAACUGUUGUUUCAAGAUCAAUCAGCCGAAAGAAACUCGAACAAACCAGUGUUUGCAAAUGACUUGCAACGCAAGAAAACCGAGACUUCGGUCACAAGUUGCUGUAGGUUAUUCGGAUUCGAUCUGAAGAGCAAGCAUGCUUCUGCUCCACUUCCUCCUGACAAGCAGCUUAUUAGUGUGGAUUCAAACAACUCUGGUUCUGCCAAAUGUCAAGAUCCUAACUCGUCUAACUCACUUACGGAGCAGAAGCAACAAACAUCCGCAAGAAGCCGAAUCAAGGUGCAAAUGCAAGGAACAGCUGUUGGACGUGCGAUUGAUUUAACGUUGCUUAGAUCAUACGAUGAGUUAAUCAAUGAGCUAGAGAAAAUGUUUGAGAUUGAAGGAGAGCUUAGUCCUAAAGACAAAUGGGCUAUUGUGUUUACAGACGAUGAAGGGGAUAUGAUGCUUGUAGGAGACGAUCCAUGGAAUGAGUUCUGUAAAAUGGCGAAGAAGUUAUUCAUAUAUUCGACUGACGAGGUCAAGAAAAUGAGCUCAAAGUCGUUAUUGGAUAAUGAAGGCUCGAUCGUAAAUCUUGAGUCGGACCAGAGGACAGUCCAGGUUCAGUUACGAAGUUCUUGA